AAGUUUGUUUAUUCGCAGAGCGCUGUGCGUGGUGAAAACGUGUUAGUUAAGUAACUCCCUUUCUGCUAAUAAUAAUCCAAUAAAGCACUGUUUUAUUUUGGGGGGUCCUGAAUCCGCAGCGUGGACCUUUAAAGGAACGCGUUUUUUUUUUUUUUUCGCGUGGAUCAUUUAUGCUCUUUUUUUGUUGUUUGUUUGUUUUCGGCGCACUAAACUCUCUCACAACAGUUUGGUGUUCAAAGUAACAAGAGCCCGAAUCCCGACCAUCUUAAUGCCAGAGCGCUGCGAAGAGAGAGAGAGAGAGAGAAAGAACGGGAAGAAAGUUUUUCUCAGAGAGCGGCAGAGACUGCGGUGCGCAUCUAUCCAGGCUGAUCGCUGCUGAAUCUGUGUGAAAGACUGAAAAGAUCCGGCCGCAGGAAUGGACUCGAGAAGCUGACAUUCCCCUGUAGUAGUCCAGAUAAGCUCCUGGCUUGGCUCACAGAAGGGGUUAAACCGUAUCUAAAGGGAGUUUGGAAACGCCAGCCUUUCUUUCCGUACGGAUCAACUCAUUGGGUGGGAGCUGAGAGAGAGACAAGAGUCCCCAGCAAAUCAGGAGCUAAUUGAUUAAAGAGACUUCAUUUGAAUAGGAGGGGGGCUGGCGAGGUGCCAAUCGCCUUUCAAAGAAGCCCCCCCUCCAACCCUCCACCACCUCCGUAUGAUUAAUCGCACGGCAUUAUUGAUAAUCAUAACGGGGCACAUGCGCGGUGGAUGGGCUCGAUUUACGUAAUUUUUGAGGAGGUUUUGUAGUCAUUUUUUUAUUCUUUGCCUGCUGAUGUGCCAGCCAGCAUGUCGCGGAGGAAACAAGCAAAGCCGCAACACUUCCAGUCCGAUCCUCAUCUGCCUUUACCGGAGCACAAUGGGGACACUGGACUUUGCUCUGAGGACCCCCCCUUCAAGGAGUCAGACGCCCAUGUCUGCAGUAGAUGUUGUGCUGAGUUCUUUGAACUUCCAGAUUUUGAGGAACACCAGAAAAAUUGCACUAAGAAUCAGCUAGUUUUGAUAGUAAAUGAAAAUCCUGCCUCCCCCGCUGGAAGUUUCUCACCCGGGUCUCCUUCCCAUAAUCCUGAUGACCAGAUGAAUGACACAGCUAAUAACACUGAUCAAACAGAGUGCAGAGAGCUGUUGGAGCCCAACAACCUUGAAAAAGACGAAUCCAUGGACAUGGAUGUUUCCGGAAUGAGCAGUGGCCAAGAAGAGGAAGGCGGUCAAAUAGAGAGUGGGAGCUCCAUUGAUACAGUCAGCGGCCAUGCAGGGAGGGGUACCUCUGGCCCUGCAGUAGGUACUUCGGUUAUCUCUGCCUCACUACCUCAGCUCAGUAACCUCACUGAACUGGGAAACUUCUCCAUGAUCAACAGCAAUGUCAUAAUUGAAAAUCUUCAGAGCACUAAAGUGGCCGUGGCUCAAUUCUCCCAAGAGACCCGAUCCACUGGGGGACCCAGGGUGGCUGUGCCAGCCCUGAUGGAGCAGCUUUUAGCCCUGCAACAGCAGCAGAUCCACCAGCUGCAGCUCAUAGAGCAAAUCCGCCAUCAGAUAUUACUAUUAGCUUCUCAGUCUCCAGAAAUGCAGGUACCCCCAACUUCUGCUCCAGGCACAAUGGGGCCUGCUGCCAGCCCAUUGACCACACUAAGCUCCCAUCUCUCUCAACAGCUGGCUGCAGCCGCAGGCCUCGCGCAGAACCUGGCAAGUCAGUCAGCCAGCAUCAGUAGCCUAAAACAACUGGCUGCAGCAGCGCAGCUACCUCAGCCGAACCCAAGCAGCAGUGAGACAUCUCAGAGUGUUACAACACUGGGACCAUCAACAGUCAAUCCUCAGUCCUCUGACAAGAGGCCUAGUGUUAUGAGUAGCCUCCACUCUCAGCUAAGUAACUCCUCGCUUGCUAAAUCAUCAACGCCAGCAUUUGGAAUAGGUAGCUUAUUAAGUUCUGCAGUGAAUCCCCUUCUACCUCAGCCCCCACCUGGAAACCCCAUGUUCACAAGCUCACUGCCCAGUGUUGGCACCACUGUUGAGGACCUGAACUCUCUAGCUGUUCUGGCCCAACAGAGGAAAGGCAAGCCGCCAAAUGUAACAUCAUUUGAACACAAGACUAGCUCUGACGAGGCUUUCUUCAAACAUAAGUGCAGGUUUUGUGGCAAGGUGUUUGGGAGUGACAGUGCCUUGCAAAUCCAUCUUCGCUCUCACACAGGUGAGAGACCAUACAAGUGUAAUAUCUGUGGUAACCGCUUUUCCACUCGUGGUAACCUGAAGGUGCAUUUCCAGCGUCAUAAAGAAAAAUACCCACAUAUCCAGAUGAACCCCUAUCCUGUUCCCGAGCAUCUAGACAACAUACCAACAAGUACUGGUAUACCAUAUGGCAUGUCUAUGCCACCUGAAAAACCUGUCACUAGCUGGCUGGACAGCAAGCCAGUUUUACCCACUCUGACAACCUCAGUUGGUAUGCUUCUUCCACCAACUAUGCCGAGCUUGCCCCAUUUCAUCAAAAAGGAAGAUCAUUCUAUAGCCAUAGCUAGCCCUUCUGUUACUGCAAAGAAUGACUCAUGUGCUACUGAGCUUUCAGCUAAAACUAAUGAUGGAGUGUCUGAAGAGGGUGAAGGUGCAACUUUACCUACCUCAAAUGGAAAAACUGAAGAAGGAAGCCACUCGUCAGUCUUAAUGACAAAUGUGAGUUCUGCAUCGGAGAGUACUGCAGAAUAUACAACUUCUAACAGCCCACCUAUGAUGACCAACCCACUCAUGCCUCUUCUGACUGAUCAGUUCAAGGCUAAGUUCCCUUUUGGAGGUAUCCUGGAUCCUCUCCAGGGGUCAGAGACCUCCAAACUACAGCAGCUUGUGGAAAACAUUGACAGGAAGGUGACAGACCCAAACGAAUGUGUCAUCUGCCACCGUGUAUUGAGCUGCCAGAGUGCUCUAAAAAUGCACUAUCGCACUCACACAGGGGAGAGGCCUUUCAAGUGUAAAAUCUGUGGUAGAGCAUUCACCACCAAGGGAAAUCUAAAAACCCACUACAGCGUUCACAGGGCCAUGCCUCCUCUAAGAGUUCAACACUCCUGCCCCAUUUGUCAGAAGAAGUUCACAAAUGCUGUGGUUCUUCAGCAACAUAUCCGUAUGCACAUGGGUGGGCAGAUCCCCAACACCCCUUUGCCAGAAAGUUAUCCAGAGUCCAUGGCCUCUGAUACUGGCUCAUAUGAUGAGAGAAACUUUGAUGAUCUUGAUAAUUUCUCCGAUGACAACAUUGAGGGGAUGGAUGAAGGCCCAGAUAGCAGUGUACCAGACACACCCAGGUCAGUUGAUGCUUCCCAAGACAGUCUAUGUAAUUCCCCAAACCCCCAUGAAAUGGAAAACCAGGAGGGACAGGACAAAAUUGGUCAAGAAAAUGUUCAGAGUAAUGAAAUGGAAGAGGUCCCAACCAGCCAGUUGAAGCUCAGUGCAAAUGGCUUUGUUGAGGGGGAUUGCCUCACCAAUGACUCCUCAUCUCUCGGAGGGGAUGUUGAAAGCCAAAGUGCUGGGAGUCCAGCUGUGUCAGAAUCUACCUCCUCCAUGCAGGCUCCAUCUCCCUCUAGCAUGCAACUACAACCACGCAAAUCUCCUAGCCUUGAAGAAAGGCAACAGAGGGCCUUAUCAAUGGACCACACCAGUGCAAGCCUUCUGCACUCUCACCCCUCCAACAUUGGAGCCCUAGACCUGACAUCUGUUAAUCCCUCUAGAGAUCCUCUGGGCAUGAUAUUUCCCUUUCGUGAGCGUAGCACCAUCAAAAACACAUCAUGUGACAUCUGUGGAAAAACCUUUGCUUGUCAGAGUGCCUUGGACAUUCACUAUCGAAGCCAUACCAAAGAGCGACCAUUUAUUUGCACGGCUUGUAACAGAGGUUUUUCCACCAAAGGUAACCUCAAGCAGCACAUGUUAACUCAUCAAAUGAGAGAUCUUCCCUCGCAGCUCUUUGAGCCGUCAAACACCAGCCUGUCCUCCAGCCCAACCCCUUCCCUCCUUUCCGUUGGAUCUCUCAGCAAACCAGAGGUCAAUGGCUUUCUCCAUAGCCUCCACCAAGAGAACAAAGAUGUCACCCCAGGCUUGGUCACAUCAUCUGCAUCCACCUCCCCAGUGCUCUCGGCUGCUCCACCACGCAGGACUCCCAAACAACAUUUCUGCAACACCUGUGGGAAGUGUUUCUCUUCAUCCAGUGCUCUACAGAUCCAUGAGAGAACCCACACAGGGGAAAAACCGUUUGCCUGCAGCAUCUGUGGUCGGGCUUUCACCACCAAAGGAAACCUCAAGGUCCACAUGGGCACACACAUGUGGAACAGUGCUCCUGCCAGACGGGGCCGUAGGCUCUCUGUGGACGGUCCAAUGGCCUUCUUGGGCACAAACCCAGUAAAGUUCCCCGAAAUCUUUCAGAAAGACAUGGCAUCAAGGGGAAGCAACGGGGACCCGGCCAGCUUCUGGAACCAGUACGCAGCAGCCUUCUCCAACGGGCUGGCAAUGAAGACGAAUGAAAUCUCUGUCAUUCAGAAUGGAGGCAUCCCAUCUCUGUCGGGCAGCGUGGGAAACGGGGGCAGCUCUCCUAUAGGUGGCCUCACAGGCAGCCUAGACAGGCUGCACAGCGCUGAGCCCAACGCCGCUCUCGCCGGCCUCGAGAAAAUGGCCAACACAGAGAAUGGGUCGCACUUCCGGUUCACACGCUUCAUGGAGGAUAAUAAAGAGAUUGUCACCAAUUAGCGUGCAUGCGCCUGUGUUUGGUACAGACAUGCAUAGGUGCCUCUAGGCACCGCGAACACAUGUGUACGCACGGAGAAGAAGAGACGGGAAGAGAACAAGACGAGGAUAAAAAUCAACUGGACUGCUUUGCUCGCCAUUGAACCUUCACGGACACUCGUGUGAAGACAAGUUGCUUUUUUUGUACAAUGUACAUGUUAUAGUUUUACGGAGCUUAUUUAUUAGUGAUUAUAACCUUGCUUGAAAACAAGUGGAAGCAUUAACAGUUAGGGUUUGUUUAUUUUUAAAACCAGAAUGGGUAUGUAUGGGUGCUUUAAAUAUGUGCUUCGGAGACUUAGAGAAUCUGGUUGGAUAACCUAACCUUGGCAUUAAGUUAUUUUCUGUCUGUAGUUACUAUAACCGAGCUGUCUGUGUUCAUGUGAUACAUUAGCCCUGUAAUAAACAAAACAAAUGUGCUGUAAAUAAUGUACACUGAUCUCCGGUAGAUGGUCUAACAUCUGUGUGUUUCCCCUUCCCUUGUUGAGACAAAACAAUGACAUUCAAGCAAGGGACAAAAUUAUGUGAUAGUUCCUAUUUUCUAGUUGUUGUUUACCUUUAUCUUAUUUAAGGAAGGCAAAAUAUUAAAGUUUGCUACAUUUCAAGAGUUUCUUUAGUGUUAACUUGUUUUAUUGUUACAAUUCUUGGCUAUUUUACUUUUCAUUUCUGUUUACUUACAUUUUUUUUGUUUUUUUUUUCUUCUAUUUGUUGCUCUUGUCUUGAGCAAGACGGUUACACAGAGGGGGAAUAUUCCGUCAGGUUUAUUUUAUUUGGAGCCCUGGCAGCCAAUCAGUCGAGAGGGAUUCUCUUGUAGUUUCUCAGCUGGAUUUCCACAUUGCUGCUAUGUCCGAGCAACCUCCCUAUGUCAUCAAGUGCAAAGUCAUGUGUUGAAGCUUCUGUAAAUACGUUCAGAUUUGGUAAAUCCAACGUCCCAUGUGGGAUAAUGUACAUACUUCAUUACAUGAGAAGUCCAUCACGACCUGGUGGGGGGAGGGGGGGUACAAACUGAGAGCGUUUUUAUAAAUAUAAAUAUAUAUUGGGUAUGACAACCGUUGGACUGUUACAUGCACUUUCUUGGAAAGUUGGAAGAUCUUUAUGGGUCCAGUUUCUCUACACUUUAAUACCUACUAACAACUAAGAUACUGUAAUUCUUUACUCUAAUAAUACAAUACAUCAGUUUUCCAAAAGAAACCUUUUGUGUGUGCUUGUGUGCUUUUAUUCCCUCACUCUGCAUAAAAAUAAAUGCCUUUUAACUU